GCCCAUGAGAAGCAUCCUUCCUGGCUAUGGAUUGUGAAGCCACCUUCGCAGUCCCGAGGACGGGGAAUCUUCAUACUGCGUGAUCUGGAAGAUUUACCAACCGACUCUUCAUGCGUUAUCAGCCGCUAUAUUGUCGAUCCUUACCUCAUCCAGGGCUAUAAGUUUGACCUCCGAGUCUAUGUCCUGGUCACCGGCUUUGACCCACUGCGGGUGUAUUUAUAUCGGGAAGGGCUCACUAGGCUGGCCUGUAGUCCCUUCACAGUGAAGACUGCGGAGGACCUGCAGAACAAAUACGCCCACCUCACCAACUACUCUAUUUGUAGGAGCUCCGACGAUUAUGUCGAGAACAGAGAUGCAAGGGUGGACCACUAUGGUCAUAAGUGGAGCCUAUCGGCUCUCAAUAGGCAUUGCUCUUGCAGUGGCCUUGACGUGUCUGAGGUCUGGGGCUCUAUCAUUGAUAUCAUACUGAAGACUCUUGUGGCAUCCGGAAGGUUCGGGCAGAUUGGUCAGAGUGGCGUGGGCAGGCGGGCGGCUCCGUCUUGUUUUGAGCUCUUUGGUUUCGACAUUUUGUUGGACUCCAAGCUUAAGCCAUGGCUUAUCGAAGUAAAUCUGAGCCCCAGUCUCGUGGCUGAUACACCUCUUGAUCGGAAG